AUGCUAAAUGAGUGUUACAUUUGUAAAACUGCUGUGUUAGUUACACAAAAAAGAAUCAAAUGUAUAAAGUGCCAAACUCAAUGUCACUUGGAAUGUACAAACCCAACUUCUAGUAACAAAUCGGUAUUAUCUCGUGGAAAGUGGAUAUGCCUGCUUUGCACAUCUACGGCAAAUAAAGGAGGAAAUAAUACUCGGACGCCGCCAAGCUGUGAAGAGACCAUUAAUAAAGAGGUAAAUAAUACUCAGAUAUUAUCAACUCCAAGUACAUCCACCGAGGGACCACAAUAUCUUAAUAAAAAUUCUGAUUUCCUAUUGGCAAUAAGGGACGAAGUUAAGGAGGCCGUCUCUAGAACUAUUGGAGGCGAACUUUCUAAAAUCCGUGAGGAACUAAAUGGUUUACAAAACAUAAAAGUGUCAAUAGAUUAUCUGUCAAGUCUGUUCGAGAGUGUAAAACAAGAACUAGAAGAAGCUAAAACUGAAAUAUUUAAUCUUAAAAAAGAGAACAGUAACCUCAAAGAAAUUAUUGCAACUAAUAACAGCACUAUUAAUUUUCUAGAGAAAGAAUCAAGAUCAAGCAAUAUUGAACUGCACUGUGUCCCAGAGUUUAGAAGCGAAAAUCUGGUCAAAGUAGUUGAACAAAUUGGUAACAUAAUAAAAGUUCCAAUCCUAGAAGGACAUAUAUCUAAGUGCACAAGAAUAGCCAAGUUUAACAAAAAUUCUUCACGUCCUAGAUCGGUCCUUGUCAAAUUUGGCAAUCAGUUACUAAGAGAUCGUUUCCUAGCGAGUGUUAUUAACUUUAAUAAAUCAAACGCAGGUAACAAAUUGAAUACGUCACAUAUUAGAAUAUCAAGGGAUAAAACACCUAUAUAUAUUUCGGAAAAUUUGACUGCAGUAGCUAAGGAACUUCACGGUGCAACGCGCAUUUUUGCAAAAGAAAAAGGAUAUCGUUUUGUGUGGACUCGCAACGGCAAAAUUUUCUUACGAAAAUCCAUAUCUAGUGACAUAAUAGUAGUUAAGACCAAAGACCAAUUAAAAUCAUUAGAA